GGCGUCCUCGUCCCAGGUCUCCCAUUUCGUUCUCCUUCACCUUUUCUUUUCUUUUCCUCUUUAUAAGGGGCUGGCCCUCCUCUGCGUUCUUUCAGGUUUCAGGUUCACCUGAAUUUACGGCUCUUCUUUUUCUGACUUUACUAAGCUCGUAAUUCGCGUCGCCUUGAAUUUUGAUCGAACGUCAUCAGGAUGGCUGAAAUUCAGGCGAUUGCUGGUGGAAUUGACUUCAUGUUAGAGAAGGUUGACUAUACGGGAGCAGAUGCGACUGGCGUAACGGUGUCGAUCGUUGUGUCCUGGUUCUCAGGCACCGCGGUCUUCGGAUUGUUGCUGGCUCUCGGUAUCUCCGCAUGGAACACACGGAAAUCGGUCAACCCUCACCUCUUCGUCCGGAGUCAUGUCGCGGCUUAUUUCAUCUCACUCCUAUGGUGUGACCUCAUGCAAGCAUUCGGUUCAAUUUUGAACGUGCGAUGGGUCACAAUGAAGGCUGUUGAGUAUGGUCACUAUUGCACUUUCCAGGCAUUCAUCAAACACAGCUCCGAUGUGUCUAUGGGCAUCUGGUCAUUGCUCAUAGCAUUGCACACUUUUCUUGUCGUGUUCCUGCGCUGGAACAUGCCAAAGCGCUCUCUUUAUGCUUUCUUUGCGGCUGGAUGGGGAUUUGUACUCUUGAUUAUCAUCAUCGGUAACGCAGGUGCUCAGAAGGCUGAGGGGCCCUUCUAUGGCAUUUCGGGGUAUUAUUGCUGGAUCUCGCCCAAUUACGGAGAUCAACGCAUAACCUUGGACUAUCUUUGGCUCUUUCUGUCUGCUGGCCUCAGUUUUGUCCUCUAUACGCUCAUAUUCCUCAACUUGCGUGGCAACGUAACAACCAAGGGCAUCCAUCUGCAUCGGGAUUCCUCGAUUAAGAAAGAAGUAGAUAGCCAAAGUGUGGCAAUUGCCAAACAGAUGCUCAUCUAUCCUGUUGCAUUCACUGUCCUUAUUUUCCCGAUGGCUGUCGUGCGAUUCAUUGAAUGGUCUGGUCACGCCGUCCCUGAGGCUGCAAGUUCUUUCAGUGAUGCUGUUUACGUAUUUGCAGGGCUAGUCGAUGUCACGCUGUUUCUGCUGACACGUCGUGUUCUACCAGAGCACAGCGUGAUUCCUAGGUCUAUCAACCUAAAGAUGUGCCUCCGCCGGAAGACUCCACCAAAUGGUGCUGUUGUUGUCACGACAACCACAGCCUCCAGUGAGGGUGGGGAUGACCUCGAGAAAGCUGACACGGAAAAGUUCGAUCUAGAGGGCAACUCAAUGCACGCUGAACUUGGCGAGGGUGUCUUCCAACGUGCCAGCAGCCCGGACUCGGAGCACGAGUCCGACAACCAGGUCACAAUCCGCGUACAGUCCGUCGUCGUGGACCGUAUCUACAUGCAGCCCGAUCAUGCACAACAGUACCCCGCUUCCCCGCCUGGCUUGACUCCAAGCCGGCUGGACGAUGUCUCGCUCAGUAGCACGAAAGGCAUACGGGAGCCAGCCAGGGACAGCGAUUACUACGCUCCUAAGGAUCUGCCACCGGCUCCCAUGUCCGCACGCAGCGCUACUGGAAUUGGUCGCGGUCGCGGCAGCCCUCUGGACAGCAGCGGGAGCGGGAAAGGCUUCUAUCCCCCGGAAUCGGCACCACUCCCCAGCCCCAGUGCUGUCCGCAGUCCGCGCAUGGACUACCAGGAGAAUGUCGCUUCGGCACGAAGCGCUCGCAAUGACUACUACCCUGCCAGUCCCGCACGGUCGGCGCGCGAUGACUACGCUCCCGGAUCCGGUGCCGUGCGCAGUGCUCGCGAAGACUCCUACCGUCCUGCUAGCCCCGCACGCAGCGCGCGUGACGACUACUACCGCACCGCCAGCCCCGCACGCAGUGUUCGUGAGGAGUACGUCCCCAGCCCAGCACGGAGCGCUCGCGAGGAGUAUCGUGCACCUAGCCCAGCCCGCAGCGCACGCGACAACUACUAUGCUCAGGAGGCUACGAGUCCCUUGCGCAGCGCUCGCGUAAACGACGUCAUCCGCAGUCCGCGCAGGGACAUGACGGAGCCUUCGUACAGAAACAGCUACUUCGAGGAUGCUGACGAGGAGCCCCAUGCCAGCGCUCUGCACGCCCUGCACAUGGCCAACCGCGCGAGCCCUACGGAGAGCAGCCAUUAUACCGAUGAGGGCGAGGAGCGUAUCCCGAGCCCUGUGCAUACGCCCCGCACGGCUCCCGUAUCGACCUACCCGACCUAUCUCAACACUCCCCAGAGUGCAUCUUUCCCGUUCAACAGGCGUGUGCCUGCUACGGCACGCGAUGCGACCUUCCCUCCCAUGAGUGCCAGGCUGCCACAGGACCGCGGCCGUUGGAACUAAGCCUUUAGCUAGCAUUAACUCCACGUGUUAUGAGUUUCACGAAUUUGACGAGCCGCAUUUUGCCACCUUGAUGGUGCACCACACUUUCGUUACGUUGUAUCCUAAGGUCGACAUGAUUGUCGAUGCACCUAUAAUAAUGUUGUAAUUACGCCUCAUUUAAUCUGAGAUAAUGAAUGGGA